AUGGUGAGACAUAACAGACAGAUACUUACCGCCGGUAAGAACUAUGCUGAGAAGCAAGCCAAAAAACAUGCAGUUAAUGAAGUAACAUUCGAUAAAGAGAGUCGUGAGGAAUACUUGACGGGAUUUCAUAAACGUAAAUUGCAGAGGAAAAAGAAGGCACAAGAGUAUAUCAAAGAACAAGAUAGAUUAGCCAGGAUACAAGAGAGGAAGCAACUACGUGAUGAGCGCAAACGCGACUUGGAGAACCAAGUGCGAGAGUUUAAUGAAAAGGCUAAAGAACUUGCAAUGAUAAAUGGUGGAUUAGCUGGUGAAGAAGACGAAGGGGAGGAGGGCGAAGAGGAAUGGACCGGGUUUGAUGGAGAUGACAUAGAUGGAAACAUUAAGCAAGAUAAACCAGUGUCACUCAAGGGAAUAUUACAUCACAAGGAAGUAUAUGAGCCAGACUCAGACCUCAAUGAAUUUGGAGAUGAGACUACAGUUACGAUAGAAUCAAUAGAUAAACCACUUGGACACGCAAAUGGUGGAGUUGAUCUUGAAGAAAUCGCCAAGACGAAUAAUGUCGACUUGAAUAAAUCAGAAGAAGUAUUGGAAGAAGCAGUUGAACGAGCCAAGAAUUACGCUGUUUUGUGUGGCGUUGCUAAACCUUCUUCGAAAGUGGAAAAACAAAAGACAAAGAAGAAAAAGUUUAGAUAUUUGAGUAAAGCAGAAAGAAGGGAGAAUACCCGCAAGGAGAAACUCAAGAGUAAACUUCGAGGAAAGAAGUAG